AUGAAACCCAAACCAAUAAUGACACCCCACACCAACUACCACAAAUUUAACCAAUCAAGAUAUUCUGCCCCAAUUGAUCAAUCCUCAACAUGCCAAAAUAUGAAUACCGGUUCCGCAUCAAGCCAUAGUUCCUCAUCACCAAGAAGAAUGUUUUGUUGUUCUCACUCAGAAGAUUAUUCCUUAACCGAUCAAGAUAUAUAUGGCCAUCCAUUAUCAAAAGAGAUUUUAUCUCGUUCGCCAUCAUAUUAUCUUGAUAAGAUGUAUACCUCAAAGGAAAAGCCAGUCGAUACCUAUCCAUACAUUCCAAUCGAUCAUUCAAAAGGCUUCAACCCAAACUUACGUCUUUGUGAUGUAAGACACCCUAUGCCAUGGGAAAUAAAAAUAAGGGAAGAAGAAAGAUUGGAAAAGGAAAGACAAGAAAAAGAACGUAUCGAAACUUUAAAGAGAGAAAAACUCGAAAAGGAACGUUUGGAACUAUUGGAAAAAGAAAGACAAGAAAAAGAACGUAUUGAAGCUUUAGAAAAAGAAAGACAAGAAAAUGAGCGUAGACAAGCUCUAGAAAGAGCAAGAUUAAUCAGAGAACAACAAGAAAGAGAGCAAAAAGAAAGAGAAGAAAGAGAAGAAAGAGAGCGUAUCCAAGCAAUUUUAAGAGAAAGAUUGCAAAGAGAACAAGAAAGGAUACGUAGAGAAAAUUUAGAAAGAGCCAGAUUGGAAAGAGAAAGAGAAGAAAGAGAAGAAAGAGAAAAAGAACAACAACUCAGAGAACAACAACUCAGAGAACAAGAAGAAAGAGAAGAGAGAGAAAGACUAGAGAGGGAACAACAACAAAGAGAACAGCAAGAAAGAGAAGAAAGAGAACGUAUCGAAAACCUAGAUCGAUGUACUAUUUGCAUUGAUAGAAUUGAACCAAGCGUACUUGCAAUAAUCGAUUGUAACCACAAGUUUUGUUACGAUUGCAUUAUGGAAUGGUGUUAUCGUCGUGAUAAUAUCUGUCCAAAUUGCAGAGCUCCAUUCUUUUUAGUAAGAAGAGUAAAUCAAGUCGAAGGUUCAACAGAUGAAGCUAAUGUAGAACAAGGAAAUCAAGAUGAAAAUCCAAUUAACAAUCAAGAUAAUGCUGAUGACGAUAAUCAACGUCCACCAGUUUUAAAUAAUGAUGUUUCAAAUUCCAACGAUUUUGAAGUAGAGAUGGAAAUUUAUAUCUCUUUCGUUAUUAUCAGCUUCUUUUUCUUUCAGUAUUACCAUGUCCUUUCUUUAAAGUCAAUAAUAGGGUAUUUAUUAAGUAAAAUUAUAAUUCUUUCUCUUUCAGUAUCAGGUUCUUUCGUUAAUGUCAAGAAUAAGGAAUAUAUAUUAUUAAGUUUAAUUAAUUUCUCUUUCAAGCUCAACACGCUCUAUUUUAAGUCUACGUUCUUUAAGCUCAAUUCUUUCUUUUCAGUUUCAAUACGUUAUUUAUUUCAAGUAAUCAAUCAUGCAUCUGUGGUUCCAUAUAUUCCAUUUAUUCGUCGUUCAGUAUAA